AAUACACAGAAAUAUAUCUUAGCAAUAAAAUUAAGUUCAUGUGUGGCAACGUUUCUUUGGUAAUCACGGAUGUGUUGUUUUUUUACUGCUUGAAAUGUUCACCUUUCGCGCCAAACGACCCUUUACCGCUUCAGUGCACAACAAUAACUCGCCGCGAUUAAGUAACCAUCCUCAAACUGAAAGUUCAUGACGUUUUCUCCCUUUUAAUGAGUGCAAUUGCCAGAAGAUUUAUAAAGAUAGUAAAUAAAUCUGUUUAUUAAGGAAAAUUCGAGUUCAAUCUUAAAACCCUGGGGAUUACUUUUCCUGAAUGGCGAAUGAACAAAUCCUCAUUUAGAGCUGUUGAACGUUCACAGACUGCAAUGCAAAACAUAACGUUUGUUCAUCGAUGAAUUAAUUUUUGAUCAAAUUAGUCAGGUAUUUUGCCGUGAAAAUGGUUAAAACCAGACGUUCUUCGCCGUUAGAGGACCACAACUAUGGGGAGGAGUUUCUGUCUUUGAGUAGCCGGAGAAACAGGCGAGAAAUCCGGCCGAACGAGGAGAUUGAUGUCAGUUCCAGCAGUGACGUGACUCCUCAGACUAGCAAGCAUGAUCGCAGUAAUUUCCGAGAGAGCGCUUCAGUCAGUACCAGAGGCAGCUCAAGAAUGCGAAGAAACAGAUCUCUUCGGAUGGACGACACACCGCUGUCCACCUACAGUCCAGUUCGGACCAGGAGGUCCAGUAAGAUUGAACUUCAGCAGGAACAAUUGACAGCACCGGUCACUAUUGAAAACAUCAACUUGGCCGACUUUGAGGAAGACGAUCGUGAGUUCGUACCACGGCGCAGCAUGCGAGCAAGGAAGCCGUUGUAUACAACCAUGAACACAAAUAUGAUCGUCAAUCAUGUGCUGUCUGCCCUACAAGAGGAUAAAGCCUCCAAGCCUGUUCAGAAGAAAAGAAACGAUGAAGACGAAGAAGAAGACGAAGAUGAAGAACAGCAAGAAGGAUCAGAAGAUGGUGAGAACGAUUCCACAGGUUUGGAUAUGUACUCUCGCAUCAAGAGACGUCAUAUCAAACAACGAGCCGUGGCAGGAGACGGGGAGGAGGAUGAAGAUACAGAUGAUGAAGGGUCUGAGGAGGAUAGUGAAGAAGAAAGUUCUGAAGAAGAAGAGGAGGAGGAUCCGCCUACAAAGAAUUACGGUUUGCGACAGCAUCGACGUAUCGUACAGAGAUAUGAGGCUCCACUACAAGAGAGUAUUCCUAAGAAGCGUUCCAUUCGUUUGUUUGACAACACAAGCUCACCGCUACGACGGCAUUAUCGCAGUCAUUCUAAGCCACUUACACCAAUCAGAGGCCAGCAUUUCAAAAGGAAACACCAUGCUGCUCACAACAGGUCAUCCACUAGUUCGGAUUCUUCAGAUGAUGAGAGGCGUUUUGAACGGCGUAAGAAGAAGAGCAUGGCUCGCAGUAGAAUGAGAUGUCUUCCAAUGAACAUGGUCGCGGAGGAUGUGACCGGAGUCAAGAAGGAUCGGCAGAAGAUUGGAAGCAGUCUUGCGGAUGUCGAUCCCAUGAGCAUCGAUACCACAGUAACAUUUGACAGUGUUGGCGGUCUCAACCAGCACAUCCAGGCUCUCAAGGAAAUGGUAGUCUUCCCACUUUUGUAUCCAGAAGUCUUCGAGCGUUUCAAGAUCUCGCCACCGCGGGGCGUGCUGUUCUAUGGCCCGCCGGGGACAGGCAAGACGUUAGUAGCGAGGGCGCUAGCUAACGAGUGUCGACAAGGUGAUAAGAGAGUCGCUUUCUUUAUGAGGAAGGGAGCGGAUUGCUUGAGUAAAUGGGUCGGUGAGUCCGAGAGGCAACUCAGACUAUUGUUUGACCAGGCCUAUCUUAUGCGUCCAGCAAUUAUCUUCUUUGAUGAGAUUGACGGUCUAGCACCUGUUCGUUCCAGUCGUCAGGAUCAGAUCCAUUCCUCAAUUGUCUCAACACUCCUUGCACUCAUGGAUGGCUUGGACAGCCGUGGAGAGAUCGUCGUGAUCGGAGCCACCAACCGAGUUGACGCUAUCGACCCAGCGCUCCGGCGCCCUGGAAGGUUUGAUCGAGAGUUCUCCUUUCCUUUACCUUCACAAGAGGCUCGUCGCAGCAUUCUGUCCAUUCACACCAAAGACUGGAGUCCGAAGUUGUCCGAUGCGUUCGUCUGUGAGGUGGCCGAUAAAUGUGUUGGCUACUGUGGUGCUGACGUGAAAGCCCUGUGCACGGAAGCCGCACUGUUCGCGCUCCGACGUCAGUACCCACAGAUCUAUGCUUCCAAGGAGAAACUCCAACUGGAUCUAACUCGGAUUCAGAUGAGCGCGCAAGACUUCCACAAAGCAAUGAAGAAGAUGGUGCCGGCUGCGCAGCGUUCUGUCGUCUCGCCUGGGAGGGCGCUGUCUGUCGUUAUCCGACCGCUGUUGCAGAAUCAGUUGAAUGCCGUGCUGGAGCAGUUGCGUCGAGUCAUGCCUGCUGCGGUCUGUCCAGGUGAUAGGAAAACUACAACAGGAUCUGCAUCAGACCAAUCCAAGAUGAUUCUGGACAUGAUUGAGGAUAAUGAUGACUAUAGUGAUGAGGACACUCCUUGCAUCUUUGACAAGUCGUCAACACAGAGUAACGGCAGAAGAAAGAAGAGUGUCGGUGACCGAGAACAGUCGGUUCUGUCAUUCAUGAACUUUUCAAGUGCUGCCUACGAGAGACCCUCCACUCACAGGCCCCGCCUACUUCUAAGUGGUGCCAAAGGUCACGGUCAAAGUUCACAUCUAGGUCCAGCUCUCCUGAACACCCUAGAAAAGAUGCCAGUCCACCGAUUAGAUCUUCCCGCGCUGUAUUCCGUCAGCGCCAGUACACCCGAGGAGUGCUGUGCUCAAAUUUUCCGUGAGGCGCGGCGUACAAGUCCCAGCAUCAUCUACAUGCCUCACAUCCAUCACUGGUGGGAAACCAUCACAGACACGACGAGGGCGACAUUUCUAAGUCUUCUGCAGGACCUUCCGCCCAGCGCACCUGUGUUGAUUCUAGCAACCAGCGAAAAGGCUCUCCACGAAGUAGCAGUGGAGGUGCGAGAGCUGUUCAGUGAUUACAGAGGUGAAGUCUACCGAGUACGACUUCCAUCUCCCGAGGAGAGACACGCCUUCUUUGAGGAUCUCAUCCUCCAUCAAGCUUGUAAGCCGCCUCCAAGGAAGAGAAAAACAGCCACUGAUAGCUUGGAGGUACUUCCUGUCGCGGCGCCCCCAGAGCCGCGCAAACUACAAGAAGAGGAGCUGAAGAAACUGGAAGAACGCGAGGAGUCAACGCUACGAGAGCUGAGGUUAUUCCUACGAGAUGUGCUGACACGUCUUGCUAAUGAGAAGAAGUUCCGGCAUUUCCUCAGACCUGUUGAUCUUGAAGAGGUACCUGACUACAUGGUUGUCAUCAAGAACCCCAUGGACCUGUCGACAAUGAUGAACAAGAUCAACUCGCAUCAUUACAACAGCGGACGAGACAUGUUGGAUGACAUCGAUCUGAUCUGUCAGAAUGCAUUGGAGUAUAAUCCUGACCGAGAUCCUGGUGACCGAGCGAUCCGUAAUUUUGCCUGUGAGUUGAAGGAUACAGCGUACGCCAUCAUUGAAGCCGAGAUGGACAAGGAUUUUGAGAAGGAGUGUCUGGAUAUCAAAGAGUCACAGCGGAACAGAGGUGAAAGCCCUGCCAAGACAGCUCCUCUGUAUUACCGAGUUCUCCCUCCGAGCAUGCUCCCCGCCAAUCAACAACCUCCUAAUCUCAAGCCAGUCAGGGAGCAGCCAGCCAACCUCAAGAGGAAGACCGACACCCCUCCAAAGAUUCACACGCCUGUGAGCGGAUUCAACGAUCCGUUCUCUCAAUCCACGUCCGUGAAGAGGAAAAGGCCGGCACGUCUGAAAUCCAGAUGGAACAGGGGGAUUGUGUCAAAGGCGAAGAAGAAGAAGAAGGCGACCAACGUGGCAGACAGCUCGACGAAGGAAAUUGCGGAUGAGAUCAAAGAUGCAGCGGAACAGAAGAAUGAAGAUAAUGUGGAAGAGAACGUGCCUAACGUGGAUGUCGAAGCUGAUAGUAAUACAGAACAGAAUAGCAAAAUCCGUGAGGAUGAAACUGGCGACAACCAAGUUAAAGCAGACUCCGUCCCUUCUCACUUGCAAGAAAACGGACCGAUUGAGAACGGGAUCGAAUCGGACACCUUGCCCGAUGAGGACCCCAAAGUUAGUCAGCACUCCCAGUUACCCACUGAUAGAUUCUGUAGCGACAACGAAAGUAUAAAGAGCGGAGAGGCGUACCGGGAUACCAGACCCACUCGCGGGAUACCGGGAUACCAGACCCGCUCUAGACUCCGUUCCAGCGCCAGCUCACAUUCCGAUCACAAUCCUGCUUCCCCGAAGUCUACCUCAUCAGCACCUGCAAUGAACGGAAGUGAACAGUCCACACAUGCGUCCCACAGAGAACCCGGCAUCGAUAAAAUAGAUGAUCGGGAACAAAGCGCGGAGACUUCCAGAUCAGAAAUAACCAGUGAAGACCAAAAUACCUCGGGACUCGUCCUCAGACAGACAAGUAAUUCCACACCGACUGCAGAAGUGGAGAUGAUAGCAACGACAACGUCCCAUGCAGAUGUUGCGGGGGCGGGGACCAAUGAUAAAGAGGAGGCGGUGGAAGGAUCACCAGCUCCACGUAGAAUGACUAGAAGAAUGUGGGCAGACAUGACGACACCCAAGGUCGUAGAAAAACCGGAGGAAGUCACACCAGUACUUGUUGUAGAUCACAAAAAAUUGGAGGCCCUUCUUACCACCGUUGUUCAAAGGACUAGUGGUAGUAACGUAGAAGCCUUGGAGAGACUUCACUGUAGCUUGAGUCAGUGUAUCUAUUCUCAUCGGAUGGAGUACGACAAAACUCAACUACUGACAGAUAUGGAGAAUGAGGUCUUAUGCUUCGUGAGGAUGUAACAGACAAACAGCCACGUGAGAUUUUGAAUUGUUCUGAUUAUACACACAAAGUUUUUGCAAUUACAAUUACUUACAUGCCCAAGAUGUUCUUGAAGUAAACCAUACACAAGGCACAGGAAUUAUCGAUUGAACGUUGGAGGAUUAUAGAACUCCAUGACGUUUGACCAAAUCACAACUUUACCAACCAUAUUUCCGACAAAAAUCUGACGUGCAUGCACAUGGCAUGCUAAAACCGGACUAUUCCAUUUGAAGUCAGAGGAAUGAACGUACGGGAUAACCCUACCUCAAUACAGCUGCAAGCUUGCUGGCAAGAUGGUGAGUCUCAGGGA